AUGGACUCUGUCGAGCCGGGGCUGGCCUGCGGCAGCGACACCUCCCACAUGAAUGUACUGGGGUAUGACCCCCGCAGGUACUACCGCGGCCGCGGCGCGUUCGAGUCCAUGGGGGCCGGCCUAGACAUGGCCCCCGGGGACAUCGCCUUCAAAUCCAAUUUUGCCACCCUCAACCCAGACACCGGCGUCGUGGAGAAGCGCCGCGCGGACCGCCAAUUCGAGCACCUGGGACCCACGCUCUGCGCGGCGCUCGACGGCCUGGCGCUGCCGUCGUUCCCGCAGCACAGGGUGUCCGUGCGCUACGCCACAGAGCACCGCUGCGGCGUGGUGGUGCGGGGCGAGGGCCUCACGGAUGCGAUCUCUGGGACGGACCCUCUGAAGGACAACCUGCCCCUGCUGGAGGCGCGCCCCCUGGACGACACGGCUGAGGCCGCCCACACUGCCGCCGUGGUCAAUGAGCUGUCUGCCGCCAUCAGGGCCGUCCUGGAGGGCCACCCCAUCAACGACGAGCGCAGGGCCGCCGGCCUCAACCCCGCAAACGUGGUGCUGCUGCGGGGCUGCGGCUGCAGGAUCAAGCCGGCGCCCUCUGAAAGGUCCCCGCGGCCCUGA